AUGACGAAAUCGCUUCCAAGAUACCGAAAAACAACGCUGGAAAAACCCUGGGUUUGGCUUCAAAAUAUCAGAGAACAUUACGUUGGUGCAAUUAGUUUGAUCCAAGACCGGUACCACUUCUGAGCAAAAAUAUCACAAGCAGACCAAACCUCCAUUUCACCGUGAGAAACCGCUGUGCGUACUGCUGCCGUUGGCGCUGAUCUUUUGGCAUGAACGUGGAAGAAUUUAUGAGGGAUAA